AUGCUCGCCGUAGGCUUCGCCGACGACGUCCGCCACUUCACCGCCGUGGCCGUCUGGCUGCGCGACAAAUUCGGCCAUCGCAUCAGGGUGGCCACGCACCCGGACUACCAGGCGCAGGUGGAAGGAUGCAAGCUGGAAUACUUCAGCUUGGGCGGCCGGUGCAAGCAUGGAGGACACGGAGGAGGUUGUGAUGCUUUUGGCGCACAGGAAUGGAUCAAGUCCCGCGGGCCGGCCGAGAGGGAAAGGUGGAAGGAGUCGGUGUAUGCGAUGCUGGAGGAUUCCUGGAGGGCGUGCGUUGCGCCGUUUACCAGUGAUGGGAAACCGUUCAUUGCGGAUGCGGUUGUGGCUUGCCACAAGGAGUUUGCGCAUUUGCAUUGUGCGGAGAAGUUGGGUGUUCCUGUUCAUGUGCUGUCGCGCCAAAACCUCUGGGUGGGUCUCUCCGGUGUUUUCACCAGACCCAUCGCAGGCGCGCGCGAGGAGGGAACUGUUGGGUUUCUCAAAGGGUUUGGUCAGGGCCUCGGCGAGCUGGUGAUGAAGCCAACGACAGGCGCCCUCGAAGCCCCUGGAUUCAUCUUUCUUGGUUUUUACCGAGAGCUGGAGAAGCUAGGAAAGGCAGAUAUCGAGGCUCAGAUUGUCAUGGGCCGCCUGGCGCAAGGCGAGGAAGAAUAUGUGAAACUGCGAAAGAGUGAGAGACAACGGAUCGUGACGGCCUGGCGCGUGUGUGAAGCCAUGGCGAAGGGGGCGGCGAAAGAUGCGGCAAAGCGUUGAGCUGGCCUUUUCGGGGAUAUAACCUAGAUAAUAUCAUCAUCUUUCGAUUGUUGUUGGUUUCCCAACUUGCCAUGUGCAAUUCUCGUGAAACAUCAUGAUCUUGCCCGUCUCGACCAUGGGAUGGCACCGAUGACCGCCCGGACCGGGGGAAUCCCAACUUCCCAUCAACCGAAUGGCAAACUCCAAACUCCCGAGGGCCAUGUAACUUUGCUAUCACGUACACCUCCUUGCCGAGCCUACCCAUCGUGCUUACAAGUGUAGAUUGUUAUCACACACAAAAAGCGCCGAGACUAACAGCCGGCUCCGUCUUCGGGGCUCCGCCCUCGCCC